CAGUUUUUAUCAAUUUUUUCAGCUUGGAUCAUUUUUUUAAUUGAGAUGUCAAAGUCGAAAACUUCAAUUUUCUUGUUAACAUUUUUGCUUAUUUGCGCUUUUACUGCUAUUACUGUGUGGGGCUUUCCAGACUGUUCUAAAGGGGAAAGCGAGCUUUGUUGGAGUGUAACUUGUCCACCUCCUUAUCGGCUCAGACCUACUGGACCAUGGGGUCGUCAAUGUUGUUGCCACUCAUUCUAAAAUCAAAGCUCUUUUCACAUCGAGUUUUGAAGAAUAUUUCUGAGUUUAGCUAAAGAAGUUUAUCUAAAUUUUGAAUUAUUGAGAUAUGAAAAACAAUUAAUAAAAAAAAAUAAUUCAAACAAAA